AUGUCUCGUAUAGUCAUUGACCCGACCAGUACCGUUGCUAGUACUGAUGCAGAUCAUGAUAAUCCUCCCAACAAUCUCCGCCACUGCUCGUCGCUCCCCAUCCUGUCCCCUUUCUCGAAUGAACAAGACGAGAAGGGGGACAACGACGAACAACCUGAUCGUCAGAAUGACGAUCAGGACGAUAAUGAUCCAGCAGUGCGGCAGCAGGUGUUCUCCCCUGCCGGAUCAGGUUGUAUGAAACGAGGGACCGUGAUCAACGAAGUGGAUUUCUUCUCCAACGACCUCCUCUUUUCCAAGAGAGAGGAAGCAACAGCUCCAAUUGGGAGUAGUGCUGGUGCUGCCAUGGAUGAUGGGAUCAUCAACAACAUGAUCUUAAUGCUGCAAGAUGAUCAGAUCAGCACUGACGGCCACGCAUCGCCCCUUGUAAACACGGGGCUAAAUCUUUCUACGGGGAGCGACAAAUCGAGCGCAUUAAUAGACGACGGAGACACAGAAGAUCACCGCAACAGAAACAAGUUGGCCGUAUUGCAGGCCGAAAUGGAGCGCGUGACAGCAGAGAACCAGCAGCUGAAAGCCAUGUUGAAUCAAGUGAAUUCCAACUACCAGACCUUGCAGAUGCAACUCCUCACCCUCAUGCAGCAGCAGCAGCAGCAAAACCACAAACAUGGUCAUCCCAAACCCAACACCGAGCUCGAGAUGAAAAACAACAAAAACAAAAACGGUUUGGGCGUAGCGGACGAGAGGUCGCAGUCGACGUCCGACGAAGAGAGGUCCGCUGACUGCUCCAUAUUAUCUCCGCCGGGAAACAACAUAGUGGAGUCCAUGGACCGCAAGUCGUCGUCGUCGCCGCCAAAGGGCAGCAACACUCCGACCAACAACAACGUCAUCAUGACCAGAAGCAGCACCGCAAGGGAGAAUCACAACCAUAAUGGUCAAGAUCAUAGAUAUGAGUUGAGAUCUUCGGACCAUCAUCAUGCCUACGGGAAUGCCACUAGUACAGGUCAAGAAAAUGGCAACAUUCAGCAGCAGCAGCAAGUGUUUCAGCAGGGUGGUUGGGCCGCGAACAAGAUCCCUAAGUUUGACAAUUCAUCACAAUCGUCAGCAGAUGCAGAGGAGCGCAGAGCUGAGACGCUUUCCAUGAUCAAGAAGGCUCGGGUCUCGGUUCGAGCCCGCUCCGAGGCCACCAUGAUGAACGAUGGGUGUCAAUGGAGGAAGUAUGGGCAGAAGAUGGCGAAAGGGAACCCUUGCCCACGAGCUUACUAUCGCUGCACCAUGGCUUCUGGUUGCCCCGUCCGCAAACAGGUGCAAAGGUGUGCGGAGGACCAGUCAAUCCUGAUAACAACCUACGAAGGCCACCACAACCACCCCCUCCCUCCGGCCGCCAUGACCAUGGCCUCCACCACCUCUGCCGCCGCGUCCAUGCUCCUCUCCGGCUCCAUGCCUUCCGCCGACGGCCUCCCCAACACCAACCUCCUCGCCAAAACUCUCCAACUCACCACCGCCCCUCCCACCAGCAUGGCCACCCUCUCCGCCUCCGCCCCUUUCCCCACCGUCACUCUCGACCUAACCGAUCACCCAGCUUCCGCCGCCACGUCACCCUUGCAACGCCACCAAUCCGCCGCUGGCAACACCUUCCCUGCCGCCGCCGCCGCUCAACAUCUGUUCAGCCUGCUCCCCGAUGGCGGCAGCAGCAACAACAACAAUAAUGCUAGUGCUGCAGGCCCUCCGUCGUCGUCUGACAUCGUUAGUGCGGCCACGGCGGCUAUAACGGCCGACCCGAACUUCACGGCGGCGCUGCUGGCGGCGGUGACUUCUUUCAUUGGGAAUGGGCACCUUGACAACACCACUUGAUUGCUCUUUUUGUGUUAGUGACUUAAUUUGUAGCUGUUAAUUACUGGGGUUGCUGUUGAGAUCGAUCUUAGUUUUGGAUUUCUUUGUUAAUAAUUUUCUGGUUUAGCGGCCAAUAUAAUUGAGCUAGCUAGCUAGAUAGUCCGCUUUUGGGUUUUAUGAUGUGUUUUUUUUUAAGUUUUGUAGUUUAAAAUCAGGUUAGCUAU